GGAAAAUUGUUUUGAAAAGAGGAAAGAAAAGAAGAAGAGAGAAAGAGGAGAGAGAAAGAGAGAAAGAGUGAAGUGAGAGAGAGAAGAUCAUCUGCCCAGGUCCCGUCGACUUGAUUCAGUCGGACGUCGACGACCAAGACGUUCGCCCGCAAUUCCAAUCGGACUUCACGGCGCUCACGGCCGCCCGUCUGACGCCGCUCUUGAUUUAUCUGCCCGUUUGGCUCUUUUGCGUUUUGACCUCAACUCUUAUCGCCUUAUUCUUCAUUUGUUCGCCGUUGUGUGUGUGGGGGGGAAAAAAAAAGUUACCGUGUCCAGUGAGUGUCCAGGGAGAUUUCGCCGAUUAUUUGCAUUUCCAGUUGUGUUGUCCGCCAAACGAAAAAUGCGCUAGUCGGCUGUUUCUACCGAAAAAAUAAAAAAGUUGAGCGGCUGUGUACACACACACACACGAGUGAGGGGCGAAGUUCUAGCCGACGGGCGGGGUGGUGAGCUUUGUGGGAGAGGAGGAGGAAUAUAUAUACAUAGUUUUUUCCGUUCGGGAGGAAGAAGAAGCCGUUCAGGAGGUUAUUCCCAGUCGGGAAGGAGAGAGGGGGACCCUUUUUUUUUGGGUUGAAAAUUCGCUCCCGUCUGCAGCUCUUCUUUGGGUUCCCUUGUGUGUGUGUGUGUGUGUGUGUGUGUGUGUGUCUGAGCUCGUGUGUUUGGCUCUUGUUGCUUGUGCUCUGAUGGCGGACAAAAGGACGCGAGUCUCCGUUCCAUGAUGCGCCGAAAAGCUCCGCUGGAUGAGUGCGACGGCAGCAGCGACGAGGGCCGCGAUGGAUCGCACCGGCUCCAGCGGCCGCCACCGCUCUCCUGUUGGCUCCCUUGUUGGUUCACUUGUUGGCUCCGAGUGCGGCAGCAGUUAGCCUUCUCUGCCGCCAUGCGCUGAUGUGGUCCCGCCGCCGUCGCCUUUGCUCAACGGUCGCCAGCGGCCCAUCUUCUUUAGCGCCAACGGUCAGCGCUCGCUACACCGACGGCUAUAAUGACCCACGAUCCGUGGCCGUCCUCAGGCCGUCCGAUUGCAAUUUUUCAAUCCAUUUUUGCGGUUCGACAAUUAAUGCGCCCGGUUUUUAAUUUGUGAUCAUCUCCCGCCAAUUUAUCCAGCGACAAAUCAGCUGAUUUAAACCAAAAAAAUUGGAUUAAGUGGGUGGGAAAUUCAACAAACUGAAAAUCACCGUGUUGAGUGUUUGUGUGUUUGUGUGUGUGUGAGUGUAAAGUGUGUGCGGCGCGUGUGGCGUGUCUUUUGUUUUUCUCCUUUUUUUCCUUUUGGUUUGAAACGGGCGUUGGCAGCGCCACCGCUAAAACAUUUUUUUGGGCGGCAAUUUCAAACUUGUUGAAAAGUGAAACGACGUCCGCUUUACUGUCCCGUUGGGCCUCCUCCGUCCGGCCAUUUGGUUUGUUCUGUCCGUCCGUGUCACAGCCGGCCCUGCUUUGCGCCCCGACAGCUGGAUGACACAGGAAGCGACAGACGAAGACGAGGACGACGACGACGGCGACGAAAAAGAAGUAGCCAAUUGGCCCGACGGUUAUACCCACCUCAAAAUGGAUUCAGUGUAAUCAGUGUCCAGCCUCCUGCGCUUCCAUCUACGCCGCUCCAAUCAGAGACGGCCCACACACACCCCCAUAUCUCCCCCUCUGUGCCAAAGAAAAUAAUUCAUCGGAGGCGGGCGAUUUAAAUUUUGAGAUACAACGACAAAAGUGUUUGUGGCUUCCCCCCUCCCUAACCCCGUCCGCCCCCCGUCCUCCUCCCCUAAAAAUCGUCCCAGGGCUCCCGCUGAGGACGAGGAUUUUGAGUCGGCAUCAAUAUGAUGUUCACCGGUUCACACGCGGCCAAGAAGCGGAGCAGCAGUAGCACCAGUCACAAGCAGAGGCAAUUCUUGUCGCAGGAUCGACAACAACAACAACAUCCGGGCGGCCCCAUCUCCGAGCGGACAACGGAUGGACGGAGCGUUGAUCGCACCCGCCUCAGCUGUCAGGAGUUGAAACUCCGCCCGACCGGCCGGCUCAAUGUCCAGGUGCGACACUUCCGCGAAGGCGAUGGUCCCGUGUUGGACGGCGACGACUUCAGUCUGGGCGGUGGCGGGAUCACGCGCCGUCGCGGAGCCAUCAAACAUCACAAAGUCCACGAGGUCAAGGGUCACAAAUUCGUUGCCAAAUUCUUCCGCCAGCCGACCUUUUGUGCCUUUUGUCGCGAUUUCCUGUGGGGAUUCGGCAAGCAGGGCUACCAGUGUCAGAUUUGCCAAUGUGCCGUGCACAAAAAGUGCCACGACAAGAUCCUGGGCAAAUGCCCUGGCUCCGGCAAGGAAUCCCAAAACACCAUCUACUUGCGCGAGAGAUUCAAAAUCGACGUCCCGCAUCGGUUCCGCGUUCACAAUUACAUGUCGCCCACCUUCUGCGACCAUUGCGGCUCGCUCCUCUAUGGCCUAUUCCGACAAGGACUAAAAUGUGAAGUCUGCAAUGUCAACUGCCACAAGAAAUGCGAGAGGCACAUGCCAAAUCUGUGCGGAGUCAACCAGAAACUCUUGGCCGAGGCUCUCUCUUCCGUCAAACGAGGGAGCAGCAAUAAAUCACCACCGACGUCGGUCAAGUCGGAAUCAUCGUCGACUUCCAAAAAGGCGACCAAGAUCUCGCAGUCGACGUCACGAGGAAGUGAGGAGACGACGUCGGGCGGGUCGACGUCUUCGGCCGACGAGGAGGAGUCGACCGAUUCGGAUAGCGAAGGGCGGACAGGCAAGCGGCCCGGAACGGCCGUUGUGGGGAGCAGCGGGAGCGGCAAUGCGACAUCCAGCGGAUCGCUUUCAUCGGUGCCAGCUCGCUGCGAGCCGCCCAUCAAGACCAAGCCGAAAUUUCGCAAGUACGGAUACGAUGACUUCCAACUGGUCAAAGUCCUGGGCAAGGGAAGCUUUGGCAAGGUGAUGCUGGCCGAGCUGAAAGGCACCGGCUCCUAUUUCGCCAUCAAAUGCCUGAAGAAAGACGUGGUGCUCGAAGACGACGAUGUCGAGUGCACCAUGAUUGAGCGGAAAGUCCUGGCGCUAGGCACUAAACAUCCUUAUCUGUGCCACCUGUUCUGCACUUUCCAAACAGAGUCCCACCUGUUCUUUGUGAUGGAGUAUUUGAACGGGGGCGACUUGAUGUUCCACAUUCAGCAGAGCGGACGAUUUGAACAGGACAGAGCCCGGUUUUACGCUGCCGAAAUCGUUUCCGGACUCAAAUUCCUGCACAAAAAAGGCAUUGUCUACCGAGACCUGAAACUGGACAACAUCCUCUUGGACUACGAAGGCCAUAUCCGCAUCGCCGAUUUCGGCAUGUGCAAACUGCAGAUCUACCUGGACCGAACGGCCGACACGUUUUGCGGCACGCCCGACUACAUGGCUCCCGAAAUCAUUAAAGGGCUCAAGUACAACCAGUGCGUGGAUUGGUGGUCCUUUGGCGUCCUACUCUACGAGAUGGUGGUUGGCCAGUCACCUUUUAACGGUUGCGACGAGGACGAGCUCUUCUGGUGCAUCUGCAACGAGCAGGCUUAUUACCCUCGCUUCUUAGCCAAGGAAACUAAAGCUGUUCUUGUCCUGUUACUCGAAAAGGAUCCUCAAAAAAGACUGGGAACGCCGGGUUGCUCAGCCGGCGACAUAAUCGACCAGCCAUUUUUCAAGAGUAUUAACUGGGACCGACUGGAUCGGAAAGAUAUCGAACCGCCCUUCAAACCCAAAGUGCGGCACAUCUUGGACGUCCAGUACUUUGACUCGGCUUUCACCAUCGAGAAACCCCAGUUGACCCCAGUCGACAAGGACAUCCUGGCUUCAAUGGACCAAACGCAGUUUCGAGGCUUUUCUUACACCAACCCCAACACCACCGACUGAAAACGAAAAGAAAUCCCCCUCAGAAACGUGAAGGACUCUAAUUAUUGCAAGUGAAAUCAAACGAAUCAAACACGCCAAAGAAAAACGCAUUGAAUGUUAAACACAUGAAUUUGUUGGUUAGAACAUCACUUUCAGCCUUUUAAGGAAUCAUUUUGACUUCUUGUAGUGCGUUGUCAACAUUGUGUGCAGUCAGAAAAAAAAGAACAUAAUCCAAACCAAAAAAAUAAGACCCAAAAAUAAUAUCCACAAUUUAGAAAACAAACAAAACACACACAAAAAAAAAAACUCAUCUGGUUUGCCUUAAUGAUUCGUGCUGCUGACAUUUUGUUUUCCAGCCAUUUGGAAAUUAGAUCCCAUUGAUACCGUUAAUUAUUGAUGACAUUUAAUUAUGUCUUACAUUUUAUUACAGUCCGCAUGUGUUAUUGUUUUGUAGUUGCAAUUUUUUUAUUUCGGAAAAAAACUGACGAAUUCUUCAUCCUUCAUUCACCAGUCCCGUUGCUGCUGCUCCCAGAGCCAUUAUAAAGUCUUUGAUGUACAGUUUUGUUUCCCUGGUUAUUGUCCCAUUGUUAUUUACUCUCCUCCCUAGAUUUUGUUUUGUUGUUGUUUUGGGAAAACGGUGGUUUAUUGGAACUUGUAAAGAGAUGACAUCGAACUUUAUCGAUGGCUUGGUGCUUACAGACACUUUCUUCGCUAUUAAAUUACGUUGUAUUGUAUUAUAAGCCACAACGCACGCAAAAAAGUGCUUGCUUCUAUAGAAGAACUUCCUGAUUUUUUUUAAAUUCAUUAUUUUUAAAAUCAUUAAUUGGCUAGAGAAAGAAGAAACAAAAAUCAAUUGACUUUUAUUUUUAAACGUCAAAGAAAAAGGCGAACACCAAACAUUAAAAGAAAUGUCAGGCACGAACCGAGUCAUGCAAGAGCGUUCGACGCCACAUGUGCAUCUUAUACAUACAAUUAAUUAAAUCUAUAUAUACACAUAAACACGCUCAUGCAAUAUUAAAAGUAUAUAUAGGCGUAUACAUAAAACAUUUGACAAACUGGUUUGGCUCGUGGGGAUUUGAUUGGAUUUGAUAUCACUGUCCUGCUCGCGAUUUCAAUUGCCUCGCAUGAUAUGGGCCUGCCUGCUAAAGUACCGUUUACACGGACGAAAGCAAAAAAAAAAAAAAAAAAAAAAAUAAGCAGUCUGGGCGUUAUUAUAUAAUUUGUCGAUAUUCUCUUUCAUUAUUUGUGUUUGUUCCCGUCCUCUUUUUCGGGGUCCCGCCUUUGGGAGUUUAUUUUGAAAAUAUGAAUGAUGGUGUGCAACGCCGAGCAAAAGCUGUGGAAUUUUUGGUUCUGUUUUUUUUUCUGAAUUUAUUGUUUGAUUAUUAUUAUUUUAUUUUUAAAAUCAUAUCUUUUGAAGUUGUUUGGGGUAUCAUUUUAUAAAUAUAAAUACAACGCACCCGUUUGUACUUAUUGGCGGAGCCUUCUAAUCGACUCCUGAAGAAUUUGCUUUCCUUUCAUUUGCCUCUUCCUUUGUCUUCCUUCCCAUCUCUCUCUUCUCUCUCUCUCUAACUCUACUGUCGUUAUUCAGUGUAUAAGGAAUACACCGGUCUCUUGUAUACAA